GACAACUCUGUUGUUACAAGGAUGCAGGCAGAGGAAUACAAUCGCAGAGGUAAAGAGAUGGUGGAUUACAUCACUAGGUACCUGACCACCAUCAGAGAGAGGAAGGUGACGCCAGGCCCAGAGGUGAAGCCUGGCUAUAUGAGAGAGCUGCUGCCAGACAGCGCCCCCACUGACCCGGAGGACUGGGACUGUAUCUUCGGGGACAUAGAGAAGGUCAUCAUGCCUGGGGUGGUCCACUGGCAGAGCCCCUACAUGCAUGCGUACUAUCCAGCCCUGACCUCCUGGCCCUCCAUGUUAGGAGACAUGUUGGCUGACGCCAUCAACAACAUCGGAUUCACCUGGGCCUCCAGCCCGGCGUGUACAGAGCUGGAGAUGAACGUGAUGGACUGGUUGUGUAAAGCUCUUGGUCUCCCCACCUUCUUCCUCCAUCACCACCCAGAAAGCACCGGGGGAGGAAUACUGCAG